AUGUUAAUAACACUUUAUUUUAAUCCUUACUCCCAUAGAUGUUUAUCUGUUAAGACAGUCCUAUAGUUAACAAAGAGCGAUUUCAAUGAAAAAAUCAUUGAUGUUCUCAAAGGGGAAAAUCUCAAGCAUGCUUUUACUAAUAUCAACCCUAAUCAGACCGUGCCAGCUAUUACUGAAGGGUUUUUCAGUUUAUUUGAAAGUCACGCAAUAAUAAAAUACAUUUGCAUAAACAAGCCUGACUUCGGAUUAUAUCCUAAAAGUUUAUAAAAUUAAGCCUUAGUUGAUUCAUAUUUAGAUUGGCAUCAAAAUGAAUUUACUAAACUUUUAGACUAUUCUAAAGAGUUUUAUUUGAAACCAUUGUUGAAAGGGGAUAGAGUUCCAGAAAAUAGAGUUUCGAGACUAAUUGACAUUGAAGAAGUAUUACAUUUUUUUAUCAAAACUUUUCUAAACAAUGGCCAUUAUAAUUAUAUUUUUGACUAACACAACUUUACAAUUGCAGAUAUAAGGUAAACAAUUGUAUAUUCUUUAAGAGCAGUUUGUGAUUUGACAUCCCUAUUUAUUUGUAAUUUUGAUUUCGAAAAGUUCCCAGUUUUAGAGCAAUAUAUUAUGAGAAUUUUUAAAAUACCAGAAUUAUACAUAUCACAUUAGGAUUAUUUUAAUUUAAUAUCGAAACAAAAAUAUAAAAAUCAGUUCAUUUAAUCAAUAUUGACUAGAUAACCUAAAUAAGAAUAAAUUACUCUAUAUUUUCAUCCAUUUUCAUCGCCGUCAAGAGCGGUGAGAUCAUUAUUUUUAUUGGCUAAAAUUGAGUAUAAUGAAAAAGUUAUAGAUAUUCUGAAAUCCGAUAAUUAUUCUUAAAUAAAUCCAGAUAAGACAGUUCCAUCCAUUAAAUAAGGAACUUUUACACUCUUCGAAAGCCAUGCAAUUUUAAAAUACAUAUGUGAAUAAUAUCGACUGUUAAGUUUUUAUCCAUUAGAAGACUAAAAACUUAAAGCUUAGAUAGAUAGUUAUUUGGACUUUCACCUAAAUGAAAUGAGACAAAUUACUGAAUAUGUUAUGAGAAUAUAAAAAAAUCAGAAUGGGCAGGAAGCAAAAUCAAAAAAACAAACUAUAGAUUAGUUGUUAUAAUUUUUUGUUAAAGUUUUUCUCAAUGGAGGAAAAUAUAAGUAUAUCUAUAAUCAAAAAACUAUCUCAAUAGCAGAUUUAAGUGCUGUCAAUGAAAUCCUAUUUUUAGUAAUGGCAAAUUAUGAAUUUAAUAGUGUACCUCAAAUUUAAAAAUAUAUAAUUAACAUUCUCGAUAAUUAGAAUGUGAAGUAGUCUAACAAAGAAUAUUUUUCAUCAAUAAGCAGUAAUUAACAUCAUAAUUUUAAUUAAUUUAAUAAGCAGCUAAUAGCAUCUUAAAAAAAAAGGGGAUGUUGUUGA